CGAGGCUGUCCUGGAGACCCCGCGCUACCUGCACCGCUAUCGUCUCGGUUGUCAUGGAUGAUGAAGAUGGCAGGUGCCUUCUAGAUGUAAUUUGUGACCCAGAAGCUCUCAAUGACUUUCUUCAUGGAUCCGAGACCCAUCUGGACACUGACGACCUUUUGGAUGGUUCGAGCGACCCCUCCAGCUCGUUCUUCUCGACCAGUGGGGGCCAUAUGCCAGAGGUCCAGCCUACACUCCAGCUGUCAGCCACUGAACCAACAGGCCUGUCAAGAGUCAGUGUGGAUCUGGAUUUUCUGGAGGAUGAUGACAUCCUGGGAGGAUCUCCUGGUGGUGAAGGUGGGAGCAAUGGCAUUGGGACAAAUCAUGAGCCAUGUGACAUCCUGCAGCAGAGCUUGGCAGAAGCAAACAUCACAGAGCAAAGCCUGCAGGAGGCAGAGGCUGAGCUGGAUCUGGGCUCCUUUGGAAUUCCAGGCCUUACUCAGGUGGUUCAGACACUGCCUGAUGCCAGCUUGUCUGCAACUGGAGGCACUACAGUCGGUGUAGGUAUAGGUGUUGGUGUUGGAGGAGCAACAACGAUUUUUCCUGGGUCAAGUGCAAGCACCACUGUGAAUCCUCCAAAUGCCACAGCUGACAUGUUGGGAUCUGUGCUUGCUCAGCAGGGCCUACAACUUCAACCACAGGUCAUAAAUAAGGCAAUUAGUGUGCAGCCAUUCAUGCAGCCUGUGGGCUUGGGGAAUGUUACUCUUCAACCCAUUUCAAGUCUUCAAGCUCUUCCUAAUGGAGGUCAAUCUGGGCAUUUGGGUAUUGGACAGAUUCAGGUUGUGGGUCAACCCACAGUCAUGACUAUUAAUCAGUCCGGGCAGUCAAUUCUGGCUAAAGCCAUGGGUGGUUACCAGUUGCAUCAGUCUGGACCAGAGGUAUCAGGUGCUGGGGCUCAAACUGGGAUUGGGGGAUCGGGAAGUGGACUUCUGAUCCAAGGUAACAAAGCCACUUUGGGAUCUCCAGCUUUAAACGGACCGGCUGUCUGUGUCAGCAGCACAAACACCAGUGGCGGUACAAUGACUGCUCCUGCUGGGCUUGUUGGCUUUGGUAGCACCCCUCUAAGUUCAGGUAUUGGACCACAGACACAGACUCAAGGCCAAAUUAUGCAGAAUGUGAUCAUUCAGCGCACACCAACACCCAUUCAGCCUAAACCUCCUCAGGGGGGAGCAAUUCAACCGAAACUCUUCAAACCGCACCAACAGCAACAACCGGCAUCCCAGUCCUUGCAAAAUGAUGCUCACAAAGCUUUGGGGCUGCAGCAACUGCCAGUAUCGGGUGCUCAGAAUGUAGCCUUCCUGACAGGAAAGCCAGGCUCCAACGUUGUCUUGAGUACUCAAACCACAACACAAGGCCCUCAGUUACAGCAGACCCUCUUCAAGCCGCAAGCAGCACAACCAUCUGGCAAGCCACUUAGUGUACACUUGUUAAAUCAACCAGGCAGCAUAGUUAUUCCCUCUCAGACUGUUCUUCAGGGUCAGAACCACCAGUUUCUUCUUCCACAACUACAGGCGGGUGGGCAGAUCCUGACCCAACAUCCUGGGGGCCACAUCAUAACCAGUCAGGGUCCUGGUGGACAAAUUAUUGCAAACCAGAUCUUGACUGCGAAUCAGAAUAUUAAUUUGAGCCAGGUGUUGACUUCACAGGGCCACACUGGUGCUGCUCAUAUUCUCUCUGCUCCCAUUCAGCUGCAGCCUGGCCAGAUGGCCACACCUACCCUCUUCCAGAUGCCCGUCUCAUUGGCUCAGAGCCAGACACAGACCCAGAGCCACACUGUCUCAGGUCAUGCCCAAACAGUCAUUCAAGGCAUGCCAAUUCAGAACUCUGUGACAAUGCUGGGUCAGGUGGAGGGCCUGAGUCCCGCAGUCAGCCUUCAGCCAGCGCUGCAACCGUCAGCAGGUGGAGUCCCCAGCAGCAGCAGCAACACCAACAACGGGACAGUAACAAUGGCGCAGGGACAGUCUGGAGAGUGUGUUACUAUGAUGGGAACCUCCUCAGAGCAAGCUGCUCAUCCCACUCAGCAGCAUGGACAACAGCCCUCUAUCCUUACCAUGCAGCCUGCUCCAGUCGUGUCCACUGCAAGCUCAGUAUGCUCCUCUGUUCCGUCCAUGUCUGUGUCCACCUCUUCAUCUGUGACAGCAGUGGGGCUGGUCCCCCCUCAGGCGCAACACAGUCCAGGGAGGUUGCUUUUCACCAACCAGGGCUCCAGCAUGAUACUGAGUCAAGAAUCUCUGCAAAUGUUCCUCCAACAGUCCUGUCAGGAGCAGCACCUUGAAACAGAGGAUGCAUCAACCCCCUCUGUGGGAAUACCUGCAUCUGUAAUCGUCAGCAGCAACAGCGUCACUGCUCCGGCCCCCUCAGUGUAUGACAAGAAGUUAGCCGACUCUUCGGUUGAUCAGGGCCACAGCCCCUCUCCCGGCCCCUCCCACAUAACAGUGGUACAGCAGGUACCAGCCAGUGGACAUCAGCAACCUUUGAAGAUCCAGGGCAUGUCCCCGUCACCGGCCUUACCUGCACACGCCACAGCAGCCCCAGUUGCAGAUAGUCCUCAACCUUCUCAGUCUCCCAUCACUCUGAACCAGCAGAUCCAGUCACCCCAUCCUCAACAGCAAUCACGUCCUCCCUCUCAGCCACAGCCUCAGUCACAAACACCCUCUCGCUCAUGCACACCCUCAUCUCACCCGCCACUUUUCAUUGUUCAUAACCAAAUCACAGAGUCCCCGCAAGCAAAUGUACAAAGUCAACCACAGCAGACACAGUCCCAGCAGGCUCUCAUUCAAGCUCCGCUUCAGCCUCAGACCCGGCAGGCCUCUCAGCCCGCAUGCUUUCCGCAAGAAAUGCCUCCGAUGUCACAGUCACCUAAACCUCCUCCUGCUCCACCUGCACAGCACCAGUUCACAGUGCCUCCUGUCAGUUCUUCUGCCAGUACUCUAGUGAAAGCCCAGAUUGCCAUCCAGGGCUUGACAGGAGAUCAGCAGCAUCACCUGCAAUUAGUAGCGGCACAAAUUCAGACUUUGUCAGCCAUCGCUCAGCCUUCCCCUCAACAGAAACAGCUGCUAGACAAACUGCACCAGGUUCAGCAGAACAUUUUGAUGCAGGCCAAACAACCUCAGUCUCAACCUCAGUCUCAACCUCCGCCCACCAGUCAGUUCACCUCCCAACAAGAUGUGCCUGUUGAAAAAGUAGUGGUAAUGUCCUCAGCUAGUGCUGGCGCACCUGCUCAGCUUUCCCCCGUGCUACAGCAGGCUUCACUGCUCAUUCAGACUCCUGCUACAGGUUCAAGUGACUUACAGGUAUUCUCAGGAGCCCCAGGGCCAGGUGGAGCAAUGAUGAAUCAGACUGUGACUCCUGCUAGCCUUACCCAGCCUACACAGACUCUGACCUUCUGUCUCAUAUCCCUGCAGGUUCAGCCAAAAUCAGGAGUGAUCAGCUCAGUUGGAGGGAUGGGUCUGGGGAAGGGUGGGGUGCAGAUACAGGUGUUAGGAUCUGGUUUGACUCCAGUACCUGCUGCACAGCCCCCUGCUCCAUUACAAACUCAGACAUCGACGAUAAAGAUGCCUUUCAGUGCAGAGCCCAGUAAAGAAGCCAGGAUGUUAGAACAGCUAAGGAAACAGCAGGGUUCAGUGCUCCAUCCAAACUACAGUGCUCCUUUCCACUCCUUUGAGGACACGCUUCAUAGACUGUUGCCUUACCAUCUCUACCAGGGAACUGCCAACUCUUCUCAAGACUAUCAAAGAGUGGAUGAGGAAUUUGAGAGGGUCUCCUGCCACCUGCUGAAACGAACGCAGGCUAUGCUGGAUAAAUAUCGCUACCUGCUCUUUGCAGAGUCAAAGAGACUGGGCCCCUCGGCAGAGAUGGUGAUGAUCGAUCGGAUGUUCAUUCAGGAGGAAAAGGUUGCAUUGAGUCAGGACAAGAUUUUGGCCAAGGAACGACCAGAGGAGUUCAUGGCCAAUGCACGCAUGAUGGAGAGUGUUGCGGCUUCAUUCAAACAGAAAUCAUCUUCUCUUGAUCCCACCUUAGUGAGUGAUGGGGUAGGAACAGCUACUCCAGCACCAACAGCUCCAACUCCAGUGCCUAAUAUUACGCCAAGUUUGUCCCCAGCUUCCGCUCCAACUCCUGCUGCAAAUCCAGUACCUUCCACUGGAGCAUUUACUACCCCGUUUCCCUCUACCAAACUGGUCAUAAAGCAAGGCGGAGGAGGAGCUUCUGUGUCCUGGUCUAGUAGCUGCCCUUCAGCUCCUGCUACAGGAAGCAGACUGGUGGCUGAACCCGCCAGCCAAAGCUCCUCCUUCAGCCGUGCUCCAACAUCAUCAACAUCUUACUCAUCCACCACCUUCUCUUCUAACACCCAAGCAGCUGAAGAUGACGAUGCUCUCCCACAGCGAACCAGCAAACCGCCUAUCAAGACUUAUGAAGCUCGUAGGCGAAUUGGCUUGAAGUUGAAAAUCAAACAGGAUCAGACAGGAUUCAGUAAGGUGGUCCACAAUACAGCCUUAGACCCAGUACACGCACCUCAACCUCAGCCCAGUAGCCAGUCCACGUCCCAAUCUCACACUCAGUCAGAAGUUGCUUUGCAAUGCCCAAAGGCUGAUCCAGUAAGCCCCCCUUCUGUCAUCAGGACUCAAUCCCCAGUAUGCACUGUUGCUUCCUCCUCGUCAGUCACAAUAGCAUCCACUCAGUCCAACCCACCACUAAGAGGCACUUCUCCCCACAAAUCCACCCAGUCAUCCUCUACCUCUUCUUCUCAUACAUGGUCAUCAUCCACCUCCUCUUCCAUGCAGAUGAAUGGGACAUUGGAGCACCACGAAGUGGGUGGAGUCAAACGCAGUCUUGCAUCCACUCCUACUCCCCCACAGACCACCUGUCGCCUCCCGCUUCGAAAAACCUAUCGGGAAAACAUUAGUCCCCGUAUCCGACCUGGUGUUCCAGGGGGAGGAGACGAGAGCCUGUCCUAUCCCAGAGCCACACCGUCACCUCCCAGGCAUGAGGCCUCCUCCCCCUCCUCAGAUCGGACUGUGAUUGCCAGUAUGAAGGUUGAAAAAAGAGGCAGGGAGAUCUCUUGCCCUCUGACAGAGUCUUGUAAUGAAGGGGACCAUUUAGGUGGUGCGAUGCAGGGCCUAGACCAAGAAGCAGAGGUUUUUAACCGUGGCAUCAAAACCUCACAUCAGCAUCACCUCCCACAGCUCCUAGACAGGGAGGGGGCGAAAGAUAGAGGGGAGGACCACGCAGACCAAGAGACAGAGGUAGGUAACUACCGGAGAUCAAGUGGAAAAAAGAGACAAGGGGCAGGUGGGACAUUUCGAAUGGACCAGCACGCACCUGGGCCUCCCUCUCCAGAGUCCACGUUCAUAAGAGACUCUUUGCUUUCUGCCAAACGCUGCAAGUCAGACUCCCCUGACAUGGAUAAUGCUAGCUUCUCUAGUGGCAGUCCUCCGGAUGACUCUCUGAGCGAGAACCUGCAGUGUGCCAUUGACAGCAUCCUCAACCUGCAACAGGAGCCCUCUGUCCGCCCCCACCAUAAUAAAGGGGGCAGCAGCAGGACCCUACAACACCAAAGCCAGCGCACAGGGGGCUCGGCAAUCUCGUCCAACAGAUCCUCUGUUCCACCCUCCACCUCCUCUGCUGCUCCCUCGUCGUCCUCAUUGGCCCAACGCCCUCAGGUUGGUGGCCGUGGCCACAACGGCAGCCUGGUGCCACAGACUCAAAGCAGAUAACAGCCCCUCAGCCCCAGGCCAGACUGACACACGGGGG